GCAAUAGGCAGAUUGGGAAAGUAAGAGAGAGAAGAAGGAAAUCAAAGUGGGUUCUUGGCAGUUCAAUAUCCCCACCCCACCAUGGUCAACAUCAAGAACCACCCACAAUUCCCCAUUUCUGAGAGCAGAUUCUUGGUGGGUUCUUGGGGAAUUUUAUGAAUUGCAGGGCGGAUCUGUUUCGAAAUUCAAGGAGAGUCGGAGGAGGGAGAGUAUAUAGAAGAAACUGCCCUAAGGGCGUGUUUGGCUGGAGAUGGAGUUCUGCUAUUGGGGUUGGGACAGACAGAGAGCCUAUGACUUGUUUCCAGGGGAGCAACCUCUCCCCUUUUCUCUCCCUUCUCCUCUUCCUCAAUGGCCUCAAGUUAUUACAUUCAUUUGAUCAAUAAGUGUUUUUUUUUUGGGUAAAAAUAUUCUGCAAAUUUAUCAUUUCUUUUGAUCCAUGAUUGUGAUUUUUCUCUAUAAUUAUUGAUUUGAUCAAUAAUUGUUUUCUUCAUAUGGUAUGAUGAAAAAGAUAUGUCCCCAAACCCUUAUAUUGUAUAGACAACACACAUGCAGGCAAAGUGUUUGCAUAUAUGCCUGUGUGGAAUAGAGAAGACAGUGAUGAUAUGUAGAUUUGUAUUUGUGAAAAUGUUUGUACUUUGAAUUUUUCACAAAAAAGAAUUAAAAAUUGGUGGAUGUUUUGAUACCUAGAUUGGAUUUUUUUUGGAAAACAAAACUACAUUUUGUAUAAUAUUUUUUUCAGUUCUCUGUCAUUUCUCAAAUCUUUUCAAUACUUUGAUCCUUUAAAAAAACCUGAAGGUGAAGGUUUUGGCAAGGGAAGAAUAUGCCUAGGGGAGAUUGAAGUGAUUCAAAUAACUCAGUUUGAAAAAGUAUGGAGUAUCAAGUCAUCAUUUGGGAAAUCAAACAGUGUGACGUUUUAUCAGCCGGUUGAUGUCCCAAAAGGGUUUUCUGUUCUUGGCCAUUAUUGUCAGCUUGAUGGCAAGCAGUUGAGUGGCUAUGUUCUUGCCGCUAGAGAUUGCUCCGGCUGCAUUGCCGGAUCAAACCUCCCUCCUCUAGAGAAACCCAUGAGCUACACUUUGGUUUGGACUGCUGAUGCUUCUUCGUGUACCGGGUCGGGUCACAUUUGGCUUCCAAAUGCACCCGAUGGGUACAAACCGAUGGGCUUUUUGGUAACCAUUGAGCCCGACGAGCCUGACCUUGAAGAUGCCACGUGUGUUCGGGCCGAUCUUACUGAACCCGCGGAUGCAUGUGCCUUGAUUUUCACUACGAGCAAAUCGAUUUUCAAUAAGAAGCAGUUUCAAGUUUGGACAACAAGACCCGGAAAGAGGGGUGUUGACUGUAAGGGCGUUUCGGUCGGGACAUUCUUUUGCGGCACAUCCGCUGAUGACCUCAGCAUUGCUUGCUUGAAGAACUUGGACUCCACCCUGCAUGCCAUGCCAAACCUUGAUCAGAUCCAUGCUCUCAUCCAGCAUUACGGACCGACCGUUUACUUCCAUCCAAACGAGGUUUAUCUGCCUUCGUCCGUUCCGUGGUUCUUCAAAACUGGGGCCCUCCUGUACAAGGACGGCGACGAUAUCGGUACAGCCAUCGACCCCGCGGGAGCGAACCUGCCAGCUGGCGGGAAAAACGACCGAGAGUUCUGGAUCGAUUUGCCCUACGACGAGGAAAAGAGAAACAUCGUCAAAUUUGGUAACAUCGAGAGUGCCAAGCUUUAUGUCCACGUGAAACCGGCUUUGGGCGGGACCUACACGGAUAUCGUGAUGUGGGUGUUUUGCCCGUUCAAUGGGCCCGCGACCCUAAAGGUGGGGCUGAUGAGUUAUGACAUGAACAGAAUCGGGGAGCACGUCGGGGACUGGGAGCACUACACGCUCCGCGUCAGCAACUUCUCAGGGGUACUUUGGUCAAUGUAUUUCUCCGAACACAGCGGGGGCGAGUGGCUUCCCGCGGGCGAGUUGGAGUUCAUGAACGGGAACAAGCCGGUCGUCUAUUCCUCAAGAAACGGGCAUGCCAGUUUCCCUCGCCCGGGUUGUUACAUCCAGGGGUCUUCGGUGCUAGGGAUAGGGGCAAGGAACGAUUGCGACCGGAGCAAAUAUUCGGUGGAUUCGAGCUCGGAGUACGAGAUUGUCGCGGCAGAGUACCUCGGGGAGGGAGUGGUCGCGGAGCCUCAUUGGUUGCAGUUCAUGAGGGAGUGGGGCCCGCGGGUCGAGUACGAUUCGGCGUCCGAGUUGGACAAGAUAAUCAACCACCUCCCGUUUUACGUCAGGUUUUCGGUCGAGAGUCUGUUCGAGCUCUUCCCGACCGAGCUGUACGGCGAGGAGGGGCCCACGGGGCCGAAAGAGAAGGACAAUUGGUUAGGGGAUGAGAGGUGCUGAUUGAUUGCAUCUCUUAUUACUUUGGGGACAUUUAUAGUAUAUAUAUAUUCAUUGGGACAUCAGAAGUGCUGCAGAUCCCUUUGUAUCUUCUUUGCCAAACCAAAGGCCUCGUUUGGGUUCGCCUGGUGUUCGGGAUUGAGUUGCCUAGACGCGGGCAUUGCCCGGGAUGCCAAUCCAAACGAGGCCUAGAAGCAAGGUAAUAUAUGUAUGCAUGUAUAUAUAGUAAGGAGUGUGUGUGGCAGUUGAUAGUCAUUCAGUUGUAAACUCUAUUUGGGCAAUUGGGAAAUGGCAAAAAUUCACAGGUAGUGUAUAAAAAGGGUGGAAAAAACUUAAAAAUGUCUGUAUAGUUCUAGUAUUGUUGGAUUUAUGCGUGUUUUUUCGUGUAUUUGUGGUUGUUGAUGUCACUAGUGAUGAUUGUAUUAAUUUUAACACGGAUUGCUACAUUUAAAUUUAAUCAAUUGCGUUUGGACAAAAAAAGGGUUCUUGAGGG